UAUGAUAAUGGAUUUAGCAGAAUUUAAGCAACACUUGAUGUAGUGUCAUAACGUACAAAACAAAUAUGGCGGAAUACAAUAAUUUGAAACUAAGUAUUUUGUUCCUGAUUACAACUUAUAAAACGACUGAAGGUUCCUGUUAUAUUUAUUACGACGGUCCUAACGAGAUCCAAGAUUGCUCCGAUAACACUAUAGCCCUAGCUAUACUAGGUGGUUCCUAUGGGGGUUUGCUCGGGCUCGGCAUCUUUGUUAGUCUUAUCGUCUGCAUAUGUUGCAUGCAGAGGAAAAACAGGGAAUGGAGUCACGGAGCAGUCAUCAUUCAAACACUCCCAGGAGUUGAUAACCCCAAUGCUUAUCUUUCUGGACACCAGCAGGUUCAGCAUUCUACAUUGACUGGUACAGGAAUUACUCAAAAUCCCAACAUCAUGAUGACACCGACCAAUUAUGGACGUAUACAAGGGCAAGACGCAACACCUGUGAAUUUCCAAAUAGCAACUUUGAAUGCUGGUGCAAAUCCAACAGGAACUGUUCAGCAAGAAAACAAUUAAGAAUACACUUCCAUUAAUGCAUUGAAAAUAUUGAAAUACUGUAAAACAACUUUUCUUCGCGUGCGACAAAUAUUCACGUUUUACGACUUUCUUUUACUAAUAAAUAUUAUUCGCAGCGAACCCUAAAUUAUGUUAUGAAUUUAUGAAGAAUAUUUGCUCCGUCGCGAAAAUUCAUUCUUUUAGAUCAAUUAUAUAUUUUCCCAUUUUACAAAGCGUAUUGUCAAGGAG